CGGAAAAAUGGCAUUCGGGGAUCAUCAAUAGAUUACUCGAAGGCUUACUGUUCCCAACGAUUCCGUACAAAUUAGCAACUCGCUCUCCCGUGGCAUGAGUCAUCCAUGUUAGGGCUAGUUAAUUAGUUGGACAGACAACCAGAUAGCCCGGAGUUUCCGUCACUUAAACCCCUCUCACCCCCCGCCCCUGGUGCUUGACCUCCCCAUCCCCCUCGUGUCAAAUUGAGAUACUUCAGUGGCAUCCCUUUUAGUUUAACCCACCCUAACCUUCUUACCAUGGAACACUUCCGACAUACCGCUCACAUCGGAACCCAUACCCUAAGCUACGCAUUGCGAGGCAUUCCCCGACAGCCAGGCGCUCCGCUAGUGAUAGUACUUACUGGGAUCACCAGUAGCGCCCUGGAAUGGAGUGCGGUGUGUCGGCAUCUCGAGCAAGAAGCGUCCCUGCUCUUGUACGAACGGUCCGGCUACGGACAGAGCGAGGCAUCCGUCACCGCCGAGCCGGACUCCCUCACCAUUGUGGACGAGCUGUCCCGCCUGCUAGCCGCGGCCGCCCUCCCACCCCCGUACCUGGUGGUCGGGCAUUCGUGGGGCGGGAUGCUCGCGCGCGAGUUCCUCGCCGCCCGCGGCCCCGAGGCGAUCUGCGGGAUGGUGCUCGUCGACGCGGUCCAGGAACGCAUGCUCUUCGAGACGUGGCCCGAUCCCAGCAUCGCGGCGGUCACCGCGGGGCUGGAUUACAUGGAGGUCGUGGGCCUAACACACGAUUACCGGCUGACGGACUCCGAGUGGGCGGAGCUGAUGGCGGAGGAAGCCAGCCCACACCAUGAGCGACAGGCCGUCCGCGAGCUGCCCUGUCUGCAGAUCAGUCGCGCGGUCCUGGCCCAGAAGCAGCAACUACGUCCCCCCAGCCAAGACCUGCUGCACGGCAAGCCGCUCAGUGUGCUCCGGGGCAAUUCUCAACGCGACCAGCAGCGCAUGUACGACCGGGGGGUCGCCCAGGGAUUGGGGACGGAGGCCCAGCGAGCGACCUUUCGCAACUAUCUAGCAAGGUGGGACGACAGCGAGGAGGCCUUCCAGCGCGAACUCCUGAAUUUAUCGAGUACCGCGCGCUUCUCGACGACCACCCAGAGUGGCCAUAAUAUUCAGAUUACGGAGCCGGAACGAGUCGCGGAUGAAAUCCGCUGGGUCCUACGGAGGAUUCCGUCCGGCGCCGUCUGAACAUCGAUAUAUAGUAUAUACUAUAUGUGUAUGUAUUCGACAGCCCGCACGGUCGCGUGGCAGAUAGCCUGUCAAUGGCUAGGUUAUACUUAGAUGUAGGGCCAUAAUAAAUUCAUCGAUAGUAUCAUGUUUUCGUUGUUCAAAUU